AUGGGUUCUAGCAUUUGCUCGAAAUUUCGAAAGUGGAGAAAAAAUCUGGGGUCGAAAAAAGGAAAGGAUCAGGAAGAGAAUACCAUUUUGAAAGUUAACGCAGAAACUACUACAGAUGAAAAACCCGCACCUAACAAACUGAGGGAGAUAAUUCGACAAGAAGACGAUGAAUUAAAAGUCGUCCCGUAUACUACAUUAGAGUUAGAGGAGUUGAUAGUUGAUCUCGAAAAACAGCUUCAAGAACUUUGGUGCAACAAACCCGAAAGAGAAAAACUUUUUUUAGACUUAGGACAUGCGUACUACAAAUUAUGCAAGUUUGAAACUGCAAAAUAUUACUACGAGCAGUAUAUUUUAAUCUUGUGA